CUCUGCGACGAAUUAAAAGAUACCUUCGGUGCGCGUAAAUCGAUCGAUCACUACCGUGGUCAGAUGGCAAAUAUAUUUAUGGGCAGUUCGGAACACAUUAUUGAUUACAUCAGUAGAAUCAAAGAUCUAAAAGCCGCGAUUCUUGACGCCGUUGAAGACGUCUCAGAUAUCCCAGGAAUUAACGAAUUAAUAAAGAGUAGUUUUAUUGAAGGUUUAAUCCCAGCAAUCCGGACGGAAGUGAAAUCUUACAGACAGGAAUCCUUAAAAGCAAUUUUCUCAGAAGCGAAAACUGUUGGAAUACAACGAUACCAUCGUCGUAAGCGAUAGACGCGCGGGGGUAGGAGGCGUUUCUUCCCCGGCUGCGAAGGGACCCAGGCGGGGGUAUAAAGUAGGGACUGCAGGGUCAGGCCCAGGAAGUCAGCCAGCAUAAGCGCAUCAAGGCACUGUUUCCCGUUCCCUUGUCUACACUUCAGCCAUACACCGGGAAAUAUCUAAACACGGCAACGUGAAAACACUGACGCACACAGUCAUUUCUAACAAAAACCGCUUACAAACGUUUGGAACUAGACAAGGCUCGGUACGGACACCAAGACGCUAAAGUACGGUUCGCAGAUUCUAUGCAAUUUACAUUUCCCACGCGUGAACCUUCCCAGCCACGCGCGGCUCUCUCGGAGCGACCACGGUAUGCGCCGGGUCAGAUUACACCGAGGGGAGAUAACGACGCGUAUCGCCGAGAAGUCGCGCCAGUAAGUCGCCGCGACGAUAAUUAUUUCCGUGCCGACCGACGCAAUCAGGGCUCUCGAUAUCUGCCGGAUCAGAUUACACCAAGGGGAGAUAACAACUUCCUGGCCGACCGAUACGGCCGAGACUCCCGAUAUCUACCGGAUCAGGUUACACCUAGGGAAGAUAGCGCACCUCGUCGCCGAGAAAUUCCAUUCUCCAACCGUCGCAGCGAUAACAACUUCCUGCCGUCGCGUCACGUGUCAGCAAACUUCGCCGUCUCGACAACCGUUCAACACUACCGGUAGAAAUAACGAUAAGCACUGCAACUAUUGCAAGAAUAUAGGCCACGAUAUACACGAAUGCAGGAAGAGAGAAUAUAACAAUAAUAUGCGCGAUCAGGGAAACGGGUCACCCCUCCCGUCCAAUCCCAGCCGACGGGAGGCAUCACCCUCACCGAAAGUCCGCGCGAUCGCGUCAAUGGAGGACGAGCACGACUCGGCGUCCACAGAAUAAACCUCAACGAGAAUAGCGAGGUCCCGUAUAUCGCGACCCUCGCGCCGGAGCUCCGCACGAAAGCCGUAUUUAUGAUUGAUACGGGCGCUGAAUUAAAUAUAAUUAAAUUAAUCGCGCUGAACGCAGACGCAAUCAUCGAUACCGCGGAGAAACUAAAAAUUACCGGCAUCACCGAAGGACAUGUAGAGACCAUCGGGUCUACUCCAAUUACUAUAUUCGGGACUGCUGCCAAAUUUCAUGUCGUCCCAGACACAUUCUCAAUUCCAACCAAAGGUAUUAUCGGUUCAACCUUCUUAAGAGAAGGACUAGACAUUUGCUAUUCAAAAAAUUGCAUCGCCUGGAACGGUGUGGAAUACCCGUUCGUCAAUUCUGCUCAAUGCCUGAUCGGAGCUCGCACAACCACGUGCAUUCGCGUUAGGACUACCGGCUCGGAUCAAGGUUAUAUUCCCCGUACGGAAAUCGCGCCGGGUGUGAUAAUUUACGACUGCGCGGUCUCUGCGACCGACGGAUACGCGUUUGUACCAUGCGUUAACGUCAACGAAAGCGACAUUUCUCUGGUCACACCUUCUAUUAAGAUAGAAGAAAUCGAACAAUAUUCGCAAACGAAUCCCCUAAAGAAUUCUAAUCUCGCCCACGGACUAAAGUCCAACGAACAGCGUCAAUCUCUAAAUAUAACCAGACUACGGCGCGUGUUCUCCCGAAUCUGUUUCGGAAAAACGGAAGAAAAUCAUCGAAGAAAUAUCGACCGAGCACCUAAACAUAGAAGAAAAAGAACAUGUACAUGAAUUAAUUGCAGAAUACCCAGACCUUUUUCACGUGCCGGGAGAAUUUUUGGGCUGCACUACAGCCGUAACGCAUUCCAUUCCUACGUCGGACGAUAUCCCCGUCCACGUAAAACAAUACAGGUACCUGCCCAUUCAUAAAGACGAAAUCAAUAAACAAAUGAAGGAAUUAUUAGAAAAUAAAAUUGUAUUACCGUCAAAAUCACCGUACAAUUCGCCCCUCUGGAUAGUGCCCAAAAAGGCCGCCGCGGACGGUAGCAAACGCUGGCGCAUGGUGAUUGAUUUUCGUGCUUUGAAUGAAAAAUCAACCGCGGACGCGUAUCCACUCCCGAGCAUCCUCGAAAUUCUAGACCAGCUCGGGAGUGCAAAGUACUUUAGCGUGUUCGACUUGGCUAGCGGGUUCCACCAAAUCGCCAUGAACCCAGCCGACGCAGCAAAAACCGCGUUCUCGACGCCUUAUGGUCACUCACUACCAGUUCAAUCGAAUGCCGUUUGGGCUUCGAAAUGCACCGGCCACCUUACAACGGCUAAAGGACUCGAUCCUUUCGGGUCUGCAGGGCUCCGAGCUCUUCGUUUAUCUCGACAACAUUGUAACUUACUCCUGAAGCCUCUCUGAACACCGGGCGAAAUUUCAGAAACUAGCAGAAUGACUACGGACCGCGAACUUAAAAUUACAACCCGCGAAAUGCGGAUUCCUACAUAAGGAAGUGGCCUACCUCGGACACGUAAUAACCAAGGACGGUGUAAUACCAUCCCCGGAUAAAACCCGGGCAGUAGCAGAAUUCCCAUGUCCUAAAACCGCGAAGAACGUCCGCGAGUUCCUCGGUCUCGCGGGCUAUUACCGACGAUUUAUAGAUAAAUUUUCGAAAAUCUCCAAACCAUUAACCACACUUCUAAAAAGGGACUCCAGGUUCGAAUGGGGCGCGUCACAAAACCUUGCAUUUACGACCUUAACACGUUGAGCGUCACGCGUUUUUCUAAAGCAAUCCCGUUCAGGCCACGCGCACCGCUUUUACGCGCUGGUAUUGUAAGGCCGGUGUUUCCGAUCGCAAUAAAAGAUAGUUUACGUUUGAAUCGUGAUACCUAUAGGUAUUGGUUCAAUACGUUACGCGCCAAGUCUGUUUUGCGUUCUUUACCGCUUGGCCCGCUCAGAUAAGAUUUUUUUGAAAUGGAUUUGUGGCUGGUGUUGCCUUUGCGACAAAUCAAUUCAUUACAGUUCUUAGCUCCGUGCAGACAAAAAUUUUCUUUAGCCCUCAGCGUCAAAAUGUCAGUCCGAGAGUGUGAAAGCAACAGCAGCAGUGAAAUUAUUUUUGCUAGAAAACGGCUUAGACUGGAUGUAUUUUUAUCCUCUGACGAAGAGGAGGAGGAGAUUGUUGAAGAAUGGCAUGACCCGAGGGGCAAUCAGCCAAAGAUUGUGCCAUUUACACAUCCUUCGGGGUUUAUAAGGGAGCUUAUAGGAUCAGACAUAGCCGUACAAACCAGCUAUCAAUUAUUUGUGCCGGAUGAACUCAUGGAGGAAAUUGCCGAACAAACCAACAUAUAUGCAGCACAAAAAAUAGAAGCUGGAUACACGCAGCGCUUGGCAAAGUGGACAGAAACAAGUAAGUCUGAAAUAAAGAGAUUACUUGGACUCGUCCUAUGGAUGGGAUUAGUAAAAUUGCCGGCCAUACACCAUUAUUGGUCUAAUGAUCCUGCCUAUUUGCAAACGUUCCCAAGAGCGGUCAUGUCAAGAAACCGAUUUGAAUUAUUACUAAGAAUGCUACAUUUUGCAGACAACAAAAACGAUAAUGGUUCCAAUCGUUUAUAUAAAAUACAACCAAUUAUAGAUAUUUUGGAGACCAAUUACAAAAAAUAUUAUAAUCCGACCGAGGAUAUAUGUAUUGACGAGUCCUUGAUUCCAUUUCGUGGCCGCAUUGUAUUUAGGCAAUAUUUAAAACAAAAGCGCCACAAAUAUGGAAUUAAAAUUUUUAAGUUGUGCUGUGGAUCGGGAUACACCUAUGCUUUCCGCGACAUCCUAGUUCUAUCGACAAAGCACUCGUCAGAAAUGGUGAAUGUUGAAUGCCGAUCAGGACGCCAGAUCAAGCCACAAAUUAUAGUAGAUUACAACAGACAAAAGUCAGCUGUCGACUUAUCCGACCAAAUGAACGCCUACAACAAUCCAUUACGCAAGUCCCUAAAAUGGUAUAGAAAACUAGCUUUCGAAUUGUUAUUAAAUACUACGGUUCAGUCCAUCUUACAAGUUGUGACAAAGAAAACAUUCCACCGAGCAGAAUUGCAAGAAGAUCCAGAAAAAAAACACAAACUCGAAAGAAAAUCGGGAAAAGUCUCUGAAGUUCGAAAGUACUGUAAAUUGUGUUAUGACAAAAAUGUAAGAAAAGAUGGUAGAGUGAUGGCAAGGAGAAAGACCAAGCGUGUUGUAACAUUUUGUAAUACUUGUAAAGGAAAACCAUUUUUAUGUUUGCCAUGUUACAAUGAAUCCCAUUAA